UUGACGGAAGAACAAGCAACAUAUUCAGCAAAAUGAAAUUCCUGAUCAUUCUGGCUUUGGCUGUGGCCGCUUCGGCUUUCCCUGAGGCACAAUUGGUGCACCGCAGCCGUGUGAUGCCUGUCCAACAGGAUAGCAUUGAGGGUCGCAUCACUGGAGGAAGUGCUGCCGCUGUCGGUCAGUUCCCCUACCAGGUCGGUCUAUCCCUGAGAUUGAGCGCUCUUUCCUCUGCCUGGUGCGGUGGUUCCCUCAUCGGUAACACCUGGGUUUUGACCGCUGCUCACUGUACCGAUGGUGUCCAGUCCGUGACUGUCUACUUGGGUGCUACCGUUCGUACCUCCCCCGAGCUUACCCACACCGUUUCUAGCUCUGACAUCAUCAUCCACUCUGGCUGGAACAGCGCCAACCUGCGCAACGACAUCUCCCUGAUCAAGAUCCCAUCCGUCACCUACACCACCAAGAUCCAGGCUGUCAAGAUCCCAGCUAUUGCUAGCACUUACUCCACCUAUGCCGGUCAAACCGCCAUUGCUUCCGGAUGGGGCCGUGCCAGCGAUGCUGCCUCCAGCGUGUCCAGCGCCUUGAACUACGUCGAUCUUGAGGUUAUUGCCAACUCCGUCUGCGCCAGCACCUACGGUUCCAGCAUUGUUGUUGCUUCCAACAUUUGCGUUGCCACCCCCAACGGCAAGUCCACCUGCAACGGUGACUCCGGCGGCCCAUUGGUCUUGGCUUCCAACUCUCUCCAGAUUGGUUUGACCUCCUUCGGUGCUUCUGCUGGUUGCGAGAAGGGCUACCCAGCUGCUUUCACUCGUGUCACCAGCUACUUGGACUGGAUCAAGUCCAACACUGGCAUCUCCUACUAAGUGAAGAGAAUGACCCGGAAUUUCGCAUAAAUAAAAAAAAAAUCUAAAAAAAAAAA